CCGAUGGAGCAGGGCACGACGACGGCGCCGACGCCGCUACCGGAAGUCACCAAGGGGACAGGCCAGUGCUUCACCUUUGUCGCCACCGGAGGCUCCGCCUUCUACUUCCUCAAGGGCCUGCGCAACUCCCCCAAAGGCCGCCGCCUAGCCGGCGGCGCCCAGGCGGUCCUCACGAACGCGCCCCGAAUCGGCCGUUGGGGGGUCUGGCUCGGCGUCGAGGCAGCAAUUGAUAACGUCCUGGAGCGCGUGAACAAGAAGGACCACCGCUUCAACGCCAUGAUCUCCUUUGGCGCCGCCAGCGCCCUCGUCUCCAUGGCCAGGGGGCCACGCGCCGCCGCCCUCUCCGGGAUCAAGGGCGCGGUCUUCGGCGGGCUCUCAGAGAUCGUUAUGCGCAGGCUUAAAAGCUUGGUGGCCGACCUACCGGAACGGGAGAAGUGA